AUGAAAAUUCACACAAAAUCAGCGAAUGCAGCAGCCACCAUGGAUAUGUCCCUCGAUGAAAUUAUAGCAAAGAACAAGAGGGAGAAAAGAGGAGGUGGUAGAGGGUUCCGCAAAGGAUUCGGAAGAAGCGGUCGAUCGGGAGGAGGCCCUGGAGGGCGUUUCUCAGGAUCCAGAUCCUACAAAACGUAUAUUGACUUCGACGCUCCACCUGUUGCAGUACGAGGCCCGAAAAUUGGAGGAUCAAGUAACCCUAACAAAACUGUUCGCAUCAACAUCUCGAAUCUUGCACCGUCAGUAGUUUCGUCUGACCUCGAAGAACUUUUUGUAAAUUAUCGAAUUGAGGCUGCAACUGUAAACUAUAACGAUCAGGAGUAUCCGUUGCGUCACGCGGUGAUAUUUAUUUACGUAGAAGAUUUCAAAGGCGUAGCACUUGAUGGCCAGGUUAUGAGGAUGGUGUUGGUUGACGGUGGUGAGGCGCUUACUUCGCGAGUACAGCUGGCACCGCUGAUCGCAGAGAUAGUUAUGGCAAAGGAGGUAGAAGCGGAGGGUACGGUCGCAGGUCAAGAUCGGGAAGGAGAUACAAAGAAGGUCAAACGAGACGAUUCUAGGGCCCGAAUGACGGAGGCUGAAUUGGAUGCUGAACUGGAAGCGUAUAUGUCGAAACCACGAGCACAGUAG